AUGGGUGACAUUUCUUAUUCCAAUGGAACCAACAAUGGCAAUGGGAAUGGGAAUGGGAAUGGAGUAAAUGGAAAAGCUCAUUCAGUUCUGAAUGGAUACAGGAAGAGCUGUUGGUAUGAGGAAGAAAUUGAAGAAAAUUUAAGAUGGAGCUUUGCUCUUAAUAGAAUUCUUAAAGUGAAACACUGUCAUGAAAAGGCUACUCCAUACCAAGACAUUGCAUUGUUGGACACCAAACCCUUUGGAAAGGCUUUAGUCAUUGAUGGAAAGCUUCAAAGUGCUGAGACUGAUGAAUUUAUCUACCAUGAAUGUCUUGUUCAUCCACCACUUCUUCAUCAUCCCAAUCCAAAGAACAUCUUCAUCAUGGGAGGAGGUGAAGGCUCCACUGCAAGAGAACUUCUGAGACACAGGACUGUGGAGAAGGUUGUCAUGUGUGACAUUGAUGAGGAGGUGGUAGAGUUCUGUAAGUCAUAUUUGAUUGUAAACAGUGAAGCUUUCUGUGACCCAAGACUGGAGCUCAUCAUCAAUGAUGCCAGGGCUGAGCUAGAACACAGAGAAGAGCAGUAUGAUGUGAUAAUUGGAGACCUUGCAGACCCAAUAGAAGGAGGCCCAUGCUAUAAACUCUACACCAAAUCCUUUUAUGAGCUGAUUGUCAAGCCUAGGCUCAGCAAGGAAGGCAUUUUUGUCACACAGGCAGGUCCUGCUGGAAUUUUCAGCCAUACAGAAGUGUUUUCUUGCAUUUACAAUACUUUGAGGCAGGUCUUUAAAUAUGUUGUGCCUUAUUCAGCUCAUGUUCCCUCAUAUGCUGAUAUUUGGGGAUGGAUCAUGGCUUCAGAUACCCCUUUUGAGCUAAGUACUGAUGAAUUAGACCUCAGAAUUAAACAGAGGAUCAAAGGGGAGAACAGAUACCUAGAUGGAAAAACCUUAUCAUCAGCCUCAACCUUGAGCAAAGCUGUCCGGCAAUCGAUGGACAACGAGACUCAUGUAUACACAGAAGGAACGGCAAGGUUCAUAUAUGGCCAUGGCCAUGGCAGUGCCUACAAACAAAAUUAA